UUGCUGUUUCUCAAUACCCACUGACGUCGCUCAGUCGCCGGAGGGGAAGCAUUGCAGCGAUGACCACGGCGGCGGCGGCGGCGGUGAUGCGUUUUUCGUCCCCGUUCAGUGGACAAACCCUCCUUCCUCCCCGCCACCGCGUCGUCUCGUCGAGGCGGGCCGCGCUCGCCGUCUCCGCGACCGCCGGCGGGUCGCCUGCCACCGUGCUCGUCACCGGCGCUGGAGGACGAACAGGCCAGAUUGUGUACAAGAAGCUGAAGGAGAGAUCCGACCAGUUCACGGCCAGAGGGCUGGUCAGGACGCCGGACAGCAAGGGCAAGAUCGGCGGCGGGGACGACGUGCUCGUCGGCGACAUAAGGGACCCCGGGACCAUCGCCGCCGCGGUCGAGGGCGUCGACGCGCUCGUCAUCCUCACCAGCGCCGUCCCGAGGAUGAAGCCCGGGUUCGACCCUAGCAAGGGCGGACGGCCUGAGUUUUACUUUGACGAAGGGUCUGACCCUGAACAGGUGGAUUGGAUUGGCCAAAAGAAUCAGAUCGAUGCAGCCAAGAGCGUUGGUGUGAAGCAGAUAGUUUUGGUUGGAUCCAUGGGCGGGACAGAUCUGAACCAUCCAUUGAACAAGCUGGGAAAUGGGAAUAUACUGGUGUGGAAACGAAAGGCGGAACAGUACCUAGCGGACUCUGGUAUACCAUAUACAAUCAUAAGGGCUGGAGGACUACAAGACAAAGAUGGUGGUGUGCGAGAGUUGAUCAUUGGAAAGGAUGACGAGGUCUUGAAGACAGAGACAAAAACUAUUGCCAGGGCAGAUGUUGCAGAAGUUUGCAUACAGGCUUUGCUAUUUGAGGAAGCAAGGUUCAAGGCCUUUGAUCUGGCAUCAAAACCUGAAGGUGAAGGAACACCAACAACAGAUUUUAAGUCUGUUUUUGCACAAAUUGCUACUCGCUUCUAAGAAGGCAACAACAUUCUGGGCAAGAAAUGCGACCAUUUUUCCUUCGGCGAUAUAGGAUGUGUAUUCUGUCAGGACGAGGCCCCUCAACCUUACCUCAAAGAUGGCACCAUGGAGGGGAAGUAUAGUUUAGUGAAGCACACACCUUAGCUAUUGAGCAAGGCUCUGGAGGAGAGGCAUGGAUUGCAGUUUGACAUGGUGAGGGUGUUGUUGAAGUGAGCAAUGGCCGUGGUAUCGAUGUAAACGAUAAUUGUUUUUCGGUUUUGUUAUCAGCAUUGACCAUGGUGAUUUUUUCAUAUGAUCUAGGCCUUUCUCGUCAGAGUCUAGGCAGCAGUUUAUCA